GAUACAUUGUUUCGUUUUUACCGUUACAAUUCUAACCAAUUGCUGUAUCGGAUAACGAGUGCAAUAACAGUUCGUUUAGAGAAAGUAAUAUCAGACAUUUCUAAAGCUUUAUUUGUGCUGAAAAUAUUUUCGAUGUGGAAUUAUCUAGCUAAUUUUCUCAGGCGUUUACUUGUGCUACCCAAGGGGUCUUUUCCAAAAGUAUUUAGCAGACAAAAAUGUUAUGGUUGAAACAACUUGUGCACACAAUGUUCCACGCGUACAGUAAAAUGGCACCAGUUUACAUUUCGUCAAGAAGAAGAUAAGCAUUAGAAGCGGCGCUGGUUUCGUUCUAGCAAUCAACAAACGUGAUGUCAUCCUCCAGUGAAACAUGCCCGUUCUGUGGGAAAAACUUCAAGAGAUUGAACAGCCACCUUCCCAGAUGCAAGAUGGCUCCGGUCGCCACAACCACACAAAGCUCGCAGACCCUCCCUGGCCCAGCUGACCUCAUCACAGACAAGAACAGCAAGAAGACAUCAUCAUCGUCGUCUUCUUCAUCACCAUCAACAACUUCUACUAAGAGUAAGAAGACAUCAUCUUCGUCUCCAUCACCAGCGUUAUCACCAUUGGCAAGUACAACCAAGAGUAAGAAAUCAUCAUCAUUGACAACUCCUAAAAACAAUAAGAAGACACCAUCACCUUCCUCCUCCUCCUCAUUGUCAUCAACAACAACUUCAAAGAAACGGCAGAAGCUCCUUGAUGAGACUUUCAUUCUCCCCAAGGACAGUCUGGCAAAAGAUACAGCCAAUAUCCACACAAAACCCAAAGCGAUAGCCAAACUCAAAGCAGUCCCUGCCACAGCCCCAGUCCCAGCCCCAGUCCCUGCCACAGCCCCAGUGAGCACUAAAGCCAAAGCUGCCUCUAAGAAGAAGGUUUCACUGAGGGAGCAGAUUGAACAAUCCGCUCAGACAGCCAGAGCUGCUGCCACACUAUCCCAGGAACCUUUACCAGGGCCACAGAGUGAAGCAAGACCCUUCUGGAAGGAGGUGGAGAUGGGGAGCAGUAGGGAGAAGGUGGGGAGCAGUAGGGAGGAGGUGGGAGGAGAAGAGAAGCUGCAGAGGUCAGGCAGUGGUCAGCCCAGACCCAGCAUCCAGGACCACACCACCAUCAAACCUGACCAGCUGUACAGCAAGACAAUCGCACUGGACCAUAACCCAACCAUAACCUCCGACCUCAAUAAAGACGGUCUACGCAGCAAGACAAGCAACAGGGGACCACUCACGGUCAACCACGUUUCAACAGUACUGGACCGUGUUCAGACCACAACCGCUGAUCGUAACAAAGACUAUCUGUAUAACAAGACCAGAAGACUGCUCACGGUAGAACUCGGUCAAACCUCCGUGAGGACAGAGUCAGCAACAGCCAAUCAGAGCGUGACAAGGGAGAAAGCGCCAUUCGACACCAGGAAGUAUGGCACUGAGCAGAGGAUCAUGGGUAAACUGUCUCUAGGGGAGGUGAGGCUGAAGGAACUGCCUUGCUGGAUCGCUACCAGAACUCCCCGCAACCCCAGAAAUGGAGUACAGGCCCUGAACAGCGGAUGGCAGUGGUACUACAGGAGGUAUAUAGAUGUGAGGAAAGGUGGAGUGGGAGGAGUGGCCAUGCUGCUAGCAGGAUACUGCAUCCUGGGCUAUACCUGGCACUACCCACACAUCAAGCAUGACCGCUGGAGGAAGUACCACUGAGCCCUGCUGAGCGCCAGCGGUAGGGGUCAAACUAAGGGGAAACCUCUCACUCGGGGAGCGCGCCCCUAGUGGUGUGGUGGAGAAACAUUUUCCAACAGGAGACAUAUUUGAUGAGCUGCAGCUAUGGCGAAAAACACUUUGGCUUUAUACAUAUAUUCUUCUGUGUGAAAGGAGAUGUAUACAGAAGCAACACUGAGGUGCCGAGGGAAAUGGUCUCAUUUCAGUUUGAGGUUUAAUUUCUUGUAAACCUUGUGUACAACUUAAGUAUUUAUGUCGCAUUUGCUGUUGUUUUGUUAACUGUUUAUGAAAGGGAAGGAUCUCUCAAUGUUACAGCACUUCUGCUUCUAGGACAAGUUCAAAUGAAUUGUGUUCUCUAAACUAGUGAGAACAGCGUCAAAGCUAGUUCAGCACUCCUAAAAGACUCCCAGACAGUCCAGCAAGUGUCACUGUUGGACUGUUUUUGUUUAAACUGACACUGUACUAAUGUGUGUAGCAUGCCCACCCAAUCAAUGCCUCAAAUGAUUGAAUGUAAAGUCAUGACCAGCCAUGAGACAAACUUGCCCAAGUAUAGUAAUACUAUAAUAACAAGUAUUACAGUGUGUGUGCUUGCAGUAGUUAACUGAUUGUGAAGGUUUAACCAAUACUACAUGUUUGAGAAAGGUUAAGUUUCAAAUUAAUCAGGCUAUGCCCAUUUCUGAUUGUAUUCAAAAUGAAUUUAUUGUUGACUUUUCUCUUUCUGUUGUAGUGAACACAAACUAAAAAUGAACAACUGACA